CUCUGUCAGGUAGUCCAGCAGGUGUCGUGCUUCUCUGUUCAGCAUGUAGUCAUGGCCCCUGGCUUUUGUGAGGACUGCGCCCGACUGCUCAAAGAGUUUUCUGCUUAUUUAAGGAAGGUUAGCAGAGAGUUUGGGCAAAAAGUCAGGGAUGUUUUCAGAGAGCUCUGUCGGUGCACCUGCUUCAGGAUCACACCUGAGAGGAGUUUGCUGACCGAGGACUCCACCUCUCUGCACCUCCCGUGUGAUGCUGAAGCUCUACUGAAUCAGGAAAGUCUUCAGAUACUGAACAGACUCUCAGUGUCAGAAAACACUGAUCUACAGAUGACUGCGGCCAUGUAUUAUUUACAUCUCAGUCAUAACUUGGAGUCUUCCUUACCAGAUGCCUUCAUGGAGCCGGUCGUGGCUUUACUUCUAUCAGCUGACCUGCAUGUGCAAAAGACCAUCUCUCUCUCCCUGGUCAAUCUGUUAGUAAAGAAUAAUGUGUGCAAAGAGUUAGUGAUUGAAAUGGGGGUGCUGGUGCCCGUGUUGGAGCUGUUCCAGUCUGGUGACGCCGCCGCCCAGUGUCACUCAUGCGCCUGUGUCGUCCUGCUGGCCUCCUCAGAAUCAAACAGAGAGGCUGUCCUGGUGGAUGGAAUCAUACCGCUGUUGGCUUUAGCAAAAUCCUACGACCCACAGGUGCAACAGAACGCAACCUGGGCUCUGUUACAUCUCACACAGUCAGACUGGUCAACAAGGAUUUUAUGUCAAGCAGGAGCCAUUCCUGUCCUGGUCCUACUGCUGCAGUCCUCAGAUUCAGAGGUUCAGUUCUACAGCUGCGCUGCUCUGUGCAGCAUCGCUGCUGUCCAGGAGCACCACCAGAAGCUGCUCAGCAUUGGAGGCCAUUUUCUGUUAAAGUCUCUUCUGACCCUCAUGUCUUCCUCUGUGCAAAAAAAUUCAUCCCAGGCAUGCAAAUGCCUCCAAACUCUCUCGAAGAAUGCUCUGAUCCAGGAGCAGCUGAUGGAGCUGGACUGUGUGUCGCCUCUGAAGGCGCUGCUGAAAACGUCUUCACCAGAGUCAGCCUUAACUCUGCUGUCUGCACUGUCGGCACACCCACCAAACAAUGACAUCCUGGUUAGUGAAGGUCUGUUGGAUGAGAUCGGUCAGCUGCUUCAUCACCACAGAGCCUCCUCAGUUGUAAUCACACACAGCUGCAAGAUAAUCGCUGACCUGUGCGGCUCCUGCGCGGGUCAGCAGGCCGUGAUGGAAAGUCUGUGUUUAUCAGGACUCCUCCGGGCGCUUCUGUCUCCCGCCUUGUCAGAUGACACCUUGCUGCGUGUGACAUCACACUUAGAUCACCUGAUGACUUGGGAUCAACUCAGGUCUAAGUUGUCAGUGACGAUAACGUCAGAGCAAGUUUCAAGACUGGUGAAGUUGUCAGGACGAAUACAAACACCCCAGUUGUCAUACAACAGUGCGGCCAUCAUCAGCAAACUAGAAAUGAACGAUGAUAACCUCCAGCUGCUGAGACCUCACUACAGCACCAUGUUGGACUACCUGCUGGUUUACCUCAGACAGAAAGAUGUGAAGUUCCAGCAUCUUGGCAUAGUUACAGUAUUCAACUUGAAGAAAGAUGGAGAUUUUUCAUCUCUGUUGGCUGACAGUGAGUUGGAGGCUCAGCUCAGGAUGGUGCAUGCACAGACGGAGGAAACCAGGCGGCUGCUGCAAAUGAUCCAGCUAUCUUCUGUUUACCCUUAAAGGAUAAGUUUACCCAAAAAAUGAAAAUGCAGUCAUUAGCCCAUCUACCCACCCUCAUGCUGAUGGAAGGUCAGGUAAAGAUUUGCUCUCCACAAAGCAUUUCAGAAGCUUCACCAAAAAGUAGCAUUCUCAUAAACAACUGAAGGAGAUGGGGGCUUGUUUUAAAGUGUAAAUAAGGUCUGUUGAAGCCCCAAGAUCCCAAAUUGAUUUGAUUGAUUUGAAAAUACUUUAUUUACAGUCUUUUCUGAGCAGAAAUCUUCACUGUAGCUGUUUAACUACUGUAGAAGCAUUAGCACACAACCCAUCUGAAGUUGGCGCACAAGCUCGACCAUGCAUGUGUGAAAAAAUGCCUUUUCAAAUCAGUUUCAGAUCUCGUGGCUUCCAGAGACGUGGGUUACAACAGGCGAGCUGUCAGGCGCCAUUUUAUGUUUGGGUUUUUUAAGGUUUUAAAACGAGUCCCCAUCCGUUACUAGAUAAUGACAGAAUUUUUAUUUUUUGGGUGAACUUACCCUUUAACCUUCUCAUGACGAGUGCUGAGUGCUGUGCACUGUGGGGACUGGACAAGAUGUUUACAUUCACACACUGUAUAGACAAGCAGCAUUUUUUUUUAUAAUAUUGUGUUUUAAUGUGUUUAUUUUACAUCAGUUUGUAUGUUUACAGUCAACAAACUAAGUGAAAAACAAGGCAGAGAUGCAGCAUAGUAUCAACUUUAAUUAAAUAUGGCGUAUAUUUCAAUUCUUACCAGGAUAACAAAUGACAGGUAGAAGCAAUACUUAAACUAUAAGAUCAAAUACAUUUGUUUUUAUAUGCUUUUUUUUAUCAUAAUAAACUCGCCUAACCUCUA